AUGUUCCCUCAUUCAUGCACAAAUAUAACUUCCAAUGGCAACAAAUCGUCCAUACAUUACAAAACGCCGUCCAGCAUGGACAAGCAGUACCCAAAAGCUUCGGGAAGAAGGGUUUUCUCAUUACAAGGCGACAUGUCGACGGUGCCUAUAGUAUCGGAAGAUAUUCAGGAUGCUGAUCUGUCAGAUGUGCCGAUUGACAAGAAUAUCGCGUCUCCCCCACCUAUCACGAGCAUCCAGUUUUCGGCAUCGCCAUAUAAUUCACCCGUUCAAAAACGAAAUUACCGCAAGGGGGUGGCAGGCAGCCAAUCGAACAGAGUGUCUUUAGUUUCAUCGUGUUCUUCCGAUGGAAAUACGCCGUAUGGCAAUGAUAGCAUAGCGAGUAGGCCAAGUGAGUUGUUGCUUAAUGUGAUGAAUCUCAAAAACGUCAGCUGCACGACUUUCGGCAACUCCGAUUCGUUUUUAAAGUCUCCCGAUGAGGCAUGUGAGGACGACACAAUAGAUAGUACAGAACCACAUACGGAAACGGAAAGACGCACGGACGAUGUUGAGAAAGAGAACAGUGUAGGCCGUAAAAUACCAAAUGCACAGAAAGCCGGCACAAACGGCUCAAAUUCCACAUCUAACACAAGCAGCACGCGGCCAUUGUCAUCGGAAAGUACAGAUAGCUUUCCCGGUCAGGUUCUUGACACCAGUAUGUCGUCGAUGACGAGUAAUUCGUCCUCAGAUGCAUCUUUGCAGAUACCACCAAGUAGAGAAGAUCGAAGAUUCUCGCUUUCCGGUACAUCGACCGGGUCGGCCGAGUCUUCUGCGUCGAUCACCGACUCUGCACGCUCGCGAUCCAACAAAGUGGCCUCUUUUUCUCCACUGAUCGCACAGACUGAGUCACGAAUCUCGAUGUUGGCUCCACCUUCGUAUCCUGCUGGUGGAAGGAUGUCGAGCGUUCAAUCUUUGCCAACUAUAUCGCAGACCAGCCAGGAGACUUUGCGGAUGUCCAGUGCGUAUAAAGUGCUUGCUGCCUCUGCAGCCCGGAAGAAAAAACAGAGAAAGUCUCUUUCGAAAGCGGAAAAGGAGAAGCUUUGGGACCAAGACACGGGUAAUGACGUUUCCGCUGCAACUGCAAUGUACAAUGUGCCGAUGGCUUCGAGUUCCACGGUCAAGCUUCUCAAAAGCACGAGUUCACGGCAGUCCAAAAAGAUUCUUCGUGAGGCCUGGGCAGAAGCUGAAAACGGCAUGGUGUUGAAGCCAUCUCCGUUACCAGGCAAUGUGUCCGUCUCGGCCAGUGCUUCACCUAGUGUUCCCUCUUCAAACAGGUUCUCCACCCAGUCAAUGUGCACUCUUCCGAACGGGAGUGACAGCUGUGUGAACCGGCAACACAGAUCCUCAGUUAGAAGCGAUUAUGGAGACAUUCAGAGCCCAGAACUGUGCAAGGAGUCCUCGUUUACUACACUUUCUCCCACAGCUCAGCAGCUCAGCAACUUCUAUGAAUACUCGCUGAAGGUUAGUGCACAUGAAGAGAUGGACAGGAGAAGCAAGUUUGUGGAUGAGAAGAUGUGUGGGCAGCAAAAGGAGUUGGCGGACCAGAAAUUGGUCGAUUUACGCUUGAUGUCUCCGGAAAAACUCAAGCUGCUGUCAUCAACAAGGCCGAUAUGGCUCCCUCCAAAGGAUAAGCAGGAGUCGUCCAGGCAGGAGAGAGAAUUCAGGAGGUUGAUCAAGCACCAGGGACGCAAGUUGAAGAGAGACAAUUUCCUGAAGGAUAAGAGAACCAGAGAGAGAAUGAUCGGCGAUGCCCGGCUUCUCUAUUUAUCAAAGAAGGAGGAACUCUCGUCCAGAAACGUCGCCGAGAUUAGAAAGUUGUUUUGGAACACUUCGAUUAAAUCAACCACCCGUAUGACAAUCUUUGGCCUGGUUCUUAGGCAUGAACUUGGAAUCAACAGCAAUGAGGAGCUCAAUAAUAUCCCGGCGGCUGACUCGCGAAAUGCCCCGGUUUCGGCCGAGGUCGACUCCAUUGUUGACUCCAUGCUUCACACGUGUGAUGAUCCAAAGUUGAUUACUGUGCUGACGAAUUUGCUCAAGCGGGUGUCAAUGAUGAAGAGCUGGACUCUCAAGUCAUCCAAAAGUAUUACUUCACUGCUGAAUGAAGGAUUCACGUCAACUGAAAUUAUUAGAACGUUACACUAUUUGAAUGACCUCGUCAUCACCGAGCAAUUUGUCACAAAAUUUAAUGAUAACAUCCUGCGAAAUCGGGUCAUGGUUUCCGCGGGAAAGCACUUCAAGGAUGACCUCAAUGUGAUAAAUAUGAAAUCGUUAACUCAGAUCAUCAGUACUUUGAGCACCACGAUCAUCUUCAAGUUAUUUAACUUGUUGCUUGUAACUGGGGACUACAAACUCUUGUAUGCCUUGGUGUUGACCAUUUUGCUCCAUUAUCACUUUGGCUGGAAUAACGUUCAGCUUUUGCUCAACUGUAAUUUCAAGGAAAAUCCAAUCAAGAUUGAAGAUGAGGAGCUUUUCUGGGAUUCGUCAAAAGUGGAUGAUUAUCGAGGAAUCAUGCUUAGUACUGCUCCAAGAGGAAGUAGACUGGUAUCUAUCACAAAUAAUUUACUUAAACUAGCCAUAUCUGCUUCUUUGAUCGAUCAUGGUUACACCGGCUACAGAAUAACAGGAACAGUACAAUUUCAGUGCAAUUCAAGAAGAUCUGUGGUUUUCGCACGUACACACAACAAUAGAAAGAGAUCCAACAAGGUUAAUACAGUAUUAAGACCAAGAAAUGAUAAUUUCAAGGCUGUUGAGAAAGAGUUGGGCCUAAAGCUAGACAACUUGACUAAGCUCACACAACAAGUUCAAGGCAUAAUAAAAAAGCAAAAGGAGCAAGAGGCAACCGAGAAAGCCAAGAAAGUGUGGAAUGUUAAUGAGAUAGACUAUGACAAUGGUGUGGAAGAGGAUGCAGAUGCUAUAUUCAAGGCUUUAUCCAACAGUCGGACUUCUACUUCCUCAUCUGGACCAAAUCUACUAAGGGAAGCUUCAAGUGGGAAUUUGCAGGUUGAUGAUCUCACAGAUUGGGCAAAUCCAGAUACCACUAUGUCAAUAUUUCCAAAAGUUCACUCGUAUGUUGAGCUUCCAACGUCAAUAGCAGACCAACUUGAUGAUGCUGCAUUACAGAGUAUUGCAUCUAAAGAAACAGCUAACUGGAUUCCAGUUAUAGACAAAUUGUAUGAGGAUCCGAGCUGUUUGCAAAAUUCGUCAUCAUACGAGGCACAUGUGCUACUUAGAAGCAUUCCUAAAGUGCAGAGACCUGCUGUAAUUAGUAAGUUUUAUGAAAUUGCUAAAGAAUCAGGAUUAUUAGACAACAGCUAUCUGUAUAACGACAUUUUAUCUUGCUAUAAUAAAAUGGACAUCAAGCGGAGCAAGCCAAUCAUUGAGAAGUUAUACAAGGAAAUGACGGUGGAGAAAGGGCUAAAACCAGAUAUAUUCACCAUUGGUGUUAUGGUCAACAUGUAUGGUAAGGAUAGAAACGUGAAUGGUGUGAGGGUGUUCCUCCGCAAGAUAGAGGAGUUGGGAGAGCAUCCCAACUCUGCGAUAUAUACCUCGAUACUACAAAUGUACAUUAGAAUGAAUGAAUACGAGAGUGCGAAGGAGAUUUUCGAUACAAUGAAGUUUUUAUCUUUGGAAACUGCACCAACAAGCCGUACAUUUUCCUCCAUGAUUUUACUUGAUACACUACAUGACAAUGUCGAACAUGGAAUAGAUUUAUAUGAUGAAAUGAAGACGAAGAAUGUUAAAAUUGAAGCUCAGGCUUUAUUGGCAUUAGUCAAAGGAUGUUCCACAAGAAGAAACUUGAUACACCAGGGCUGGUCUUUCAUUCUUGAAUAUUAUUCAUUGGGCUACCCGGCUUCUUACAAACUUAUGGAGAUAAUGCUUGCACUGUCUGCAAGAGACUCCGAUCUCAACUUCGCCAGGGGGCUUUAUCUCAAUAUAUUUGAAACUAAUACGAAGGCUAACCAUGGUAUUCUCACUCCUCCCAGAGCUGCGUCGCUCAAAUACUUACUGAAUGCAUAUUACUACUUUCAAGAAAGCAUGGUUCCUAACAGUGUCACUGAUACUAGAGUGCGUGCAAUUAAGGCAAGUUCUCUGGAGCUUAUGAAUUUUAACUUUUCCGACAAAGCUCCACCGAUGUUACCUGUAAGAGAUCUAUCUUUUGCCGAUAAUAAAGCGGCCAUUUUUGAGGAAGCUCGGGCUUUAUUUAAUUACCAUAUGCUCAUGUUUCCGGACAUGGUUUCAGAGCAAAUCAUGGAAGCAUACCUAUUUGUCCUAGCCGUUCAUUCGGAUACAAAAACGUUUCUCGCAGCAUGGAACAAGUACACCUACUUAGAGAAUGGGGAGGAUGGGGCAAGCAAUGACGAAACAGUAACAAUCGAAGAGCCUAAAGAGGAAGAAAAAGUAAAAGAGAAUGAAUUCACCAAAAAAGAUGAUGACAAUGAAAAGUUACCGGUCGAAAAGGAACUCGAUAAGCCGCCAAAACGAUUUCCACGUAGUGACCGGCUUUACAACGCUUGUAUGCAUGCAGCCAGAAACUAUAAAGAUGUGAAAUUUGCACAGAAAAUUUGGAUUGAAAGAGGUAAAUACAGGAAAACGCCAGCAUUUCAGAAGUUAGACGCAUAUACUCAAGACCAGCUUGAUUUCAGGUUUGCAAGAGCAAUGCUCAGUUGUCUAGUAGAAACUGGAAACGCGGUUGAUGCUUAUCAGUUGGUUCUCAGCUCACAGAAUCGGUUUGUCUGGACGUACUAUCACCUUAAAAGCCUUUUCAGCCUUUGUGAGAGGAUGGGUUUCGUUACGUUUAAGACUGAACUAGAGAAGGUGGUGAAUAGGGGUGCAAGGUUUAUCCGUAGAAGUCAGCGAUAG